AUGGCUUUACGACAUAUACUCCGUUAUUCCAACGACUUUGCGCUUGCAGACGGAUCUCUGGGCAAAGUUUUUCGGGAAUUGAUACAAUUCUUCAUCGAUUCGACAGAAGAGACUCCGGUGGUACACGAAGGAUUCAUCAGAUGUUUCACUUUUGAUGCUUUGGAUCUGAAACACGCGUGUUGCAUUGAAACCCGUAGAAAUUUUGGGGAUCCCAUCAAACUCGAAAGCAGGGAAGAAGAGGAGAUCGAAGAAAUCAUUGACGAACAGAAGCUAAGACUGAUCGACUUUGAAAAACUUGUCAUCGAAUUCCAAGCCAAAUUUGAUGAGCUUGCCCUACCUAUGAUGGAGUUCCUCGAAGGUCAUUGGUACAAUCGCAUGAUUGAUUUCCUCCGUCAGCGCGAUCGGUACAAUGAGGAACAUUUCAUUGGGUCGAGAAGGAUCGGUGUCAAUCUUCUCCAGGAGGAAGAAUUCCCCCCCAAUGGAAUACUUCGGCUCAUUGGCUCUUUCCACAAGGUCGUUGAUAUCGAGGAGUCACCGAGGAUUGAAUAG